GAUUGGCUGAUUUUAACCGCGCAGACUCCUGGGAAAGCGCGAUGUUUAAAUCUGUUUCCGGUUUCUUUCUGCCUCGGCCACCAUGGCCAAAGAGCUAAAAUUGAGGGCUUCGGCCGGUACGCCAAACAUGGAGCGACAACCCAGCAGUGUGACAAGGACUCCUCUCAACAGUGUUGUAGUCCAGAGGAGGAGCAAAACCAGGAGCUACCGGCUGUCAUACCGCAGCUGCUUGGGUGCUGCCUCACGUCUCGGCUUGACCCCAGCGUUGACGGCGCGGAGGCUCAACACCAGCAGACGGGCUCCAAAGUCACACAACAUCACUGAGAAGGUGAAUUUGGAGCAGCUGGCCUUCUUGGUGAAAACGGAGUGGCAGCUGUCGUACGUCACUCCUCUCUAUCAGUUCAGACACACUCAGCUGAAGAGCUACUCCAGGCAGCUCUCGGCGUUCAUUGCCGCAGAGAAGCAGCAAGGUUUGGCAGUGGAGGUGGAGGGACCACAGAAACCCUUCAGAGCCUCCUUCUCGUUGGUGCAGGGGAUGGCACAGUCAGACGACGACGCAGAGAUGGUCCUCAUACAGAUCCACUCAAAGCCUUUGUUUGCCAGGCAGGACGAGCCACAGAAGCCAGUCUGGAGCGGCUGGCUCACAUGCAUCAACGGCAACCCCGAUUACCUGCGCUCACUGCCAAAGGACUUCAUCUGCCUGCCGCUCUUCGGCGGCAGUGGGGCAGAGGGUCUCACAUCUUUGGUCAAAUCUUGGUUCCAGCAGUCCUUCGACUGCUGUUUCGGCCCCCUGGAAAUCAGCCACAUGAGUUUACAAUGGCUGAUGGCGUUAUGGACGAACUGCCACACUGAGUCCAUCUUACAACACCUCAAAAUGAUUUGGACACUUCCAGUUACGCCACCGCUGCAGGUCACCUACACAGUUCGACCUGAGGACGCCUGGGACCUGUGGUGCAGUGUGAGGAAGGAGAAGGAGAAUAAAGGAGGGGAGGAGGCAGAGGAGGAGAGCAGUAUCGACAUUGAGGAGGUGGUGAGGUUCAUGCAGGGGCUGAAGAGCCACUUCUACAGACACUUCAGGCUGGAUCUGUCAGCGGGCAGCCUGAACCAGGUCUCCACAGCACUGGGCUCAGCCAAAUACAGCGGCAGGAUCAAGAUCUCCAACAGUAAAUACAUGAUCACCACCCUGACGCUACUGACAGAGUGCGCCCUCCUCAAAAUGCCCAUCUGAGUGGUACAACAAAGACUUACCCCCACCAGGAAAUGCAACGUUACAAUACACAACACUUACUCCUAGGAAAGCCUGGAAACGCAGCUUAAUUAUAGUGCAGAUUGCUUUUUUAAAACAUAUAAAUAAAGUCAAACAUCCAUGUUUUAAACCUCUCUUCAAAACAUGAAAUUGAGAGUAAUUUUUUUUGCAAUAUUCUAUUUAAUAUUGCGCACAACUGAGUCGUGUUUUGGCUAUUUUUUCACUCUUUUCCUGCAUGUAAACGUCACGUACAUAGGUUCCACCUCUUUUUGUAAAUACUUUACUGUAUAUAGUUUUGUCAUUUAUAGAUGUAAAUAAAAGCCAGAAAAAGAUGUUUGACUGGUGCAUGAUGAUUCCAACACUUGAAGGUCUACUGUGUGGAAUUUAGUGGCAUCUAGUGGUGAGGUUGCAAAUUGCAACCAACUGAAACGCAAAAACAUGAAUGACCCUACCCAGCACCACUGUUUGGUCUGUCCAUUUUCGGCUACAGUAGAAACAACAUGGAGGACCCGCUUGUGAAUUUAUGUUUCCUUGGAUAGCAAAGGCAUGACGCGCACUACUCCUCCCUAUGAUUGGCUAGUACUUGCUGCCUUCGUUAGUUGGAUAGGUUUAGAAUAGAGGAGUAAAAGUUCAUUUAUACUUAUGUGAUGAAUUAGCAUUGACAUUAGCAUUUUGUAUUUCUUUGGAUACGUGUUUUGUAUGUUUUGUCGGUGAAUCUGGCUAGUUAUAAUGGAGCCAAAUUGUGUUUCCAUACCUUUGUCAAAUGUUGCUGUCGUCCCUGGUUUUAUGAGAAGAGAAAGAUCGCCGGCCGCUAGGCUAAUUUAUGCAAUGUAAAAUACCAUAGGCUUGUGCUAAUAACGUUAGCAUGUUGUAUUUGUUUGUAAAACGUGUUUAGUAUAAGACAGUUGUUUUGUCAGUGAACUCUGAGUUAUAAUAGAGCCUAAUUGUGUGCCGUUACCUUUGUUAAAUGUUGCUGUUGUUCCUGGUUUUAUAUGAGAAGAGGAAAAGUUUGCUAGUUGCUAGGCUAAUUUAUACAAUGUUAAAUGCCAUAGACUUGUUCUAACGUUAGCAUUUUAUAUUUGUUUGGAAAACAUGUUCAGUAUAAGACAGUUUUUUUGUCAGUGAACUUUUUGAGUUGUAAUGGAGUCAAAUUGUGUGUCGUCACCUUUGUCAAAUGUCACUGUUGUCCCUGGUUUUAUGAGAAGAGGGAAAGUCUGCUAGCUGCUAGGCUAAUUUAUACAAUGUAAAAUGCCAUAGACUUGUGCUAAUAACAUUAGCAUGUUGUAUUUUUGGGGAAAAUGUGUCCACAUAAAGACAAGUGUUUGUCUGUGAAUGCUGUGAGUUAUAGUGAAGCUGAUUUGUGUAUUUGUGUUUGAAAUUGUC